UGGCAUUAAAGCUCUCGUUCCUUCUUUCUUUUACCCCGCAAACCAACAACCAUCAUAUUCAUCACUCAUCAAUCGGUACGUACCAGAUUCUUCUCAUUUCCUUCAUAAACCAGCAACAACACCCCCCUCGCGCACGUUAGCACCUCCCCCUUCGUUUCUCCGUCGUUUAUCAAUAACCGUUUCCUUUUCACCACCUUCUCUUUCAUUCCGUUUCAAAGAGAGAGACAAAGAGAGCUCUGUCAUAGAUCGGAGCUCUCUGUUCAUUGUAAAGCUGAUUUGGGCAAGCUGUAAGGUGAAAUUUUGGCAUGUGGGGGCAUCACCGUGAAAGUUCUAUUGUGUACAAACGCACUCCUUCAAAAGAUAAUUCAAAUAUGGAAGAAGACGUGGAAGAAAACUUAGAUCUUUUGGACAACUUCAUUGAUAAGGAAACCACAAAUCCUUCAUGGAAGCUUUCUUUACCACAUGUACUUGUGGCGACUAUUACUUCAUUCCUAUUUGGAUACCAUCUCGGUUUUGAUCCUUUGAUUUUUGGGCUCUACAGAGUUGUUAAUGAACCACUGGAGAGCAUUUCUGUGGAUCUUGGAUUCAAUGGAAAUACCUUGGCAGAAGGUCUGGUGGUGAGCAUAUGUCUUGGUGGUGCAUUGUUUGGAUGUUUACUGAGUGGCUGGAUUGCUGAUGCGGUGGGGCGACGCAGGGCUUUCCAGUUGUGUGCUUUGCCAAUGAUAAUUGGUGCUGCAAUGAGUGCAGCAACAAACAACUUGUUUGGCAUGCUUGUAGGAAGAUUAUUUGUUGGAACUGGCUUGGGCUUGGGCCCUCCCGUUGCUGCUCUCUAUGUGACAGAGGUUUCUCCCGCUUUUGUGCGUGGUACCUAUGGGGCGUUAAUCCAGAUUGCAACAUGCUUCGGUAUAUUGGGAUCGUUAUUUAUUGGAAUCCCUGUCAAAGAAAUUUCUGGAUGGUGGCGGGUUUGUUUCUGGGUAUCUACCAUACCUGCAGCUAUACUUGCUCUGGCUAUGGUCUUCUGUGCAGAGAGUCCACAUUGGUUAUACAAGCAAGGAAGAACUGCUGAAGCAGAAGCUGAGUUUGAAAGACUUCUGGGUGUAUCCGAAGCAAAAUUUGCGAUGUCACAGUUAUCCAAGGUAGAUAGAGGAGAAGAUACUGACACUGUGAAGUUCUCUGAAUUGCUUCAUGGCCAUCAUUCUAAAGUUGUUUUUAUUGGAUCAACCCUAUUUGCUUUACAACAGCUAUCUGGUAUAAACGCUGUGUUUUAUUUCUCUUCAACUGUUUUUAAAAGUGCCGGAGUGCCAUCGGAUUUUGCAAACGUCUGCAUAGGAGUUGCGAAUUUGACAGGAUCUAUCAUUUCGACGGGUUUGAUGGAUAAACUUGGAAGGAAGGUUCUACUCUUUUGGAGUUUCUUUGGCAUGGCGAUAUCAAUGAUCAUUCAAGCCACAGGAGCAAGUACACUUUUACCAACCGCAGGAGCUCUGUACCUAUCCGUUGGUGGCAUGCUACUGUUUGUCUUUACAUUUGCUCUCGGAGCUGGCCCAGUUCCGGGUCUACUUCUAACAGAAAUUUUUCCCAGUCGAAUCAGAGCCAAAGCCAUGGCAUUCUGUAUGUCUGUUCAUUGGGUCAUUAACUUCUUUGUUGGGUUACUGUUCUUGCGUUUACUGGAGAAACUUGGUGCACAACUGCUUUACUCAAUGUUUGCUACAUUCUGCAUCAUGGCAGUAAUUUUUGUAAAAAGAAAUGUGGUGGAAACCAAAGGGAAAUCACUUCAAGAAAUUGAAAUCGCACUUCUUCCCCAGGAAUAGAGCUUCUUACAGAGUUCAAUUCACUGCAAUAAUUUUGCAUAAUUUGGGCUAUCAUAGUUUCAGCUAUGGUCAUAUACGUUUUUUGUCCAUCUUGGUCUACAUAGUACAAGGAGAAGCUCAAGGUAGGAACUAUGUAUUGUUUAAGUGUAACAUAGUAUGAAUAGGUUUAGUAUAUUGAUACUACUACUAGCAUCUCAUGUUGGGGUCCAGUGAUUCCAUGUCCAUGGAUAGAGAAAUCUGUACAACGAGAAAAAUAAUGGGGGAAAUCCAUGUUUUCCAUAAUAUUUGUCAACACGUAACGUAUUUAUUAUGUAAUAUAGUAUUUUUCUAGGAUUGUAAUGGCUUGUAUUUUGUCUUCAAAAUGUUACUUUAAAUUCUUGAAAA